AUGGAAUUUGGAGAAGAAACAAUGAAUACGGAAGACCAUGGCUUGUUUGAGGUCAUACGUCCCGAAUCACCAUCGGAGAAUGCAGCUGGACAACUUUUUCAUCCGUUGAAUACAUCCAGAAAUCCUUUUGAGCCCUUGCAUCAUCAUGAUGUAGUAAUGACUGAGAAUAGCAAUGGCUUUCCACCACAUCCUUCUACAUCCAGUCAACAUGAAGACAAACAAGAACAUCAUAAGGAUCAUUCAUUCAGCGGACAUAGCAAUCCCGAGGAACUGUCUGAAUUGCAAGUAACCAAUUUACAAGAAUUACAACCUAUUGGUAAAAUUACAAAUGUGGUGGAGAAGAAAGUAAUUAUUGAAGUAUUUGUGGAUAAGAAGAAUGGAAGCACGAUGCAUCAACACGUUGUUUCUCAAAACGACACCAAUCUUAAGGAGAAAAAUAUAAUUGAUAGCGAUCUUUUGAGGACGCAAUUAAAGCUCAAUAUAGGGGCUGUAUUAUUUUCAAAAGAUGGAAAAGCAAUUGGAAAAAUUGCUGAGGUCAUUGGAAAUGUGUAUGCACCAUAUUUUGUAUUGGUUUAUCCCGACGUGCAUACCAUGAGAAAAGUGUUCAAUUUACCAAAUCCUCCUUCAGUUCCCACAACAACAAGUCAUCACACGGAUCAACCUCCUGCUGUUAAGGAAGCAUCUUCAGAAGUAUCACAAUCUUUCACACCCUCCACAACUUCAACACCUGCAAACGAAGACCUUGAAGCCACUACACCCACAAAGAAAACACCGUCACGAAAGACGCCACGCAAAACGCAAACUCCCAAGAAAACUCCAUCCAAACAAUUUGUCGAAGACGAUUUGGUCAUUGAAAAUGUUCGUGAUAUGACAGUCCUUCAGCUCAAGCCAUAUUUACAGAGACGAGGUAUGACUGUGCACGGUAAAAAAAAAGAACUUAUUGCGAAACUUCGUAAAUAUGAAAGAGAAAAACAACAAUAUCGAGAGGAAGCAAAUAAUGUAUCUUCUUCAGACGAUGACGACGAUAUGAGCACAAGUAGUGACGACGAAGAGAUUCUUUCAACUCCAACGAGCUCUCAAAAAUUUGCUCUAAGAUCCAAGAAAGACUUGGAAGGAAUGGAAAGUGACGAAGAGGAGGAUGAACACCCCAAGCAAGACAAGCCUCAGAGCGCUUCGUUGGACAAGCUCUCUCCAGAUGAAAUUUCUCAAAUUAAGAAUAAUUUUAGCGUUGUGUAUUGUCACGGUGCAAUCAGUGCACCGUUGGAUGAAGUCAGCACCAUGAAUAUCGUUUCUAAUCACCUAAAAUCAUAUGAUGCAAUGUUAAAUGCAGAUGAAAAGACAGAGAUUGUCACAUUUUCUGACGACGAAGAUGAAAACGCUUUCAAGAGUAGAGCAAAGAAGGAGCGUCCAGAGAAACCACCCGCUCUUAAGAGAGGGCACGACCAAGUAUCUACAACAGAAGAAACCAAAAUAGCAGAAUUAACUCCUAAAAAGCAAAAACCUCUUCCAUUCGCAGACCUUGCCUGUGAAGAUACCGCUGCGAUUGUUGCCACUUCCUCCACCAUUAUCACCAGCACCGUCGUUAGUACGAGUACUCUCAAGAGUGAGGAGAUUCUGCCUUCGGAUAUACAAACACCUCGAGAAGCAGUACCAGUUGAACAAGCGGUAAUUGAGGUGCCUCCUUCCACAGUGGACUCAACCAGAAUUCCAAUCGUCAGAAAAGCAAGAAAAUCCUCUCCAAGAAAGUCACUCCCAUCAUCAUCGUCGAGUCCCACACCUUCCCUCAGAACUGAUAAUACGAGGGUGAUGGCUGACACAAAGCCUGAACCAGAAUCCUUCUUUUCGAAAUGGUGCUCGAUCAUGUAA